GAAGGACGGAAGGCGGCAGGCAGCUGCCGAGGCUCCACCUUCGCCGCUCUGGAGCCAGCAGGAAACCCGAGCGGAGCAUGGCCCGAGCGGCGAGCGUCGGCCGCCUGUUGCUGCUGGUUGUCUGGCCUGUGGCAGCCAUCGAAGUCUAUACCCCUCAAACCCUGGAGGUUCUGAAUGGGACAGACGUACGCUUGAAGUGCUCCUUCCACAGCCAGACCCUUCCUGGGAAACAGGUGGCCGUGACCUGGAACUUCCGGCCCCAAGCGGGUGGCCCAGAUGAGUCUGUGUUCUACUACCAUGAGCAGCCUUACUCCCCAACAAAGGGCCGCUUCUCGGGCCGAGUUACAUGGGAUGGCAACAUCAACAAGAACGACGCUUCCAUCAUGCUUUGGCAUGUGAACCUGGCUGACAAUGGGACUUUCCAGUGUCUCGUGAAGAACCCACCUGACGUGGAUGGGAACAUUGGGGAAAUCCAGCUGGCCGUCGUACUGAGAGUGGCUUUCUCAGAGAUCCACAUCUUGGCAAUCACCAUUGGUUCUGCCUGCGUGCUCAUGAUUGUCAUCGUGGUGGUGGUGGUGAUCUGCCGUCAACAACGGAGGAAGCGGCAGGAGAAGAACAUGGAGAUGGUGGAGACCGAACGGCCAGAGAAGGAGAAGCUAUGGAAGGCUCAGCCGGAGGAUGGAGCGCACACCCCUGCAGAGAGCCCGAAGCUCCCGCCUCCUCUGCCUUCCGUCCUGGAGCCAGGAGCGGGUUCGUUGGAUUGCUGAAUUCGAGAUGGCCGGUGCCACCGCCUUUUGGCAGAGGGCGUUAUGACCCUGCGAAGACCUGCUUUCCUCGAAGAACGCCUGCCGACCUAGGAGAGCAGCAGCAUAUUCCCAGGUCUGCAAAGGACAGUCCAAAGCUGGCUGGCGAGAAGAGCGCUGCUGCUGCUGCUGCUGCUGCUGCUGCACUGGGGCAAGCCAACCAAGGCCCAGGAAGCCCCCCUUGGCCCCCUGGCCCUUUGCUUCAUCACCAGCCCCUUAAAGCAAGGGCAGGGAAAGCCCCACCUGCAGAGACCUGUUCGGCCAGCACCAUCAGAACCGGGCACCCUCUCCUGCCUCAAAUGGGCUGGGCUUCCUGCUACGUCUGCAGACAACUGCAAAAGCUGCCGCAAGAAGGAGGCCUUGUUGGUCUGGGCUGGAGCCCAGUUGGUCUGGGCUGGAGCCCUUGUUGCCCGCCUCCCUGGCAAGAAGCCAGAGCUUUGUUCCCUGUUCAGGCUGGGGGGGGGUGGGGGGGGGUGGCGGCGCGAAUUGCUUCCCCUUAGGAGGUGGCCCUUCAGCCUGGGGCUGGCUGGUGCAUUUUGAUCAAGGAGCCGCCGGUUGCCCUUUGCUGCGUCCGCUCUGCCACCCCUUCUCUCGCCAACAUAAGACCUGCAGCGUGAGCUCGCCCUGGAGAGUGGAGCGUGCUUCCUACUCCGUUCUCACCGCUCUCUCUGGAGAAUCUCUCUGAGCAAACUGCCAAGGGGGCUUUCCGCACACAGCCUUACCUAAAGGUGAGGAAUGGGACCCCCUUUUCCCUACUUCCGCUGGCAACAGAUAUGAGCUUUGCUGUUUCCGAAUCUGAUUUCUGAUAUUUGCACCCAAAUUGUUUUGGGAGAAGCCCAGCCCUCCUCUUACUCUACCCACUUCUCCCAAACUGCAGUCACGGAGAUUUUCAUCUGCCUCGAUUUCCCAACUGUAGCAUGUUUGGGGGAGCAUCCACGGGGUGUCAUCCCCUUAUUGUCCACUUUCCAGGUUUCCCCCAUCCUUGGGGUGACUUUUCCAGAAAGGACAGAGUCCAAGCGCAUUAGCAAGCCAUUUGGUGGGGAAGGGGUGCAGCUGAGCACAUCCCAUGCACAUGGCUGCCUUUUUGUUUUCUGGUGAGCUGCUACGGAGCUUUUUUAAACCAUCUGUGAUUUUGGGUCUGUCUCCACAAUGACCAGUGCUAGAGGGACCGGCCAGUCAUGGCAAGAGAGAGCUCUACAAUGCAAUUGACUUGGCUGUAGCUCUACAAUGGCUGUAGCUCUACAAUGCAAUUGACUUCAUGGCCUGAAAACGCCCUUCAGCACUGCCCAGGGCAAAACGCCAGGAAAGCGGCUGCCCAGGGAGGGACAGAGCGCCCCUGGCUGGCAGUCUUCAGGGAGCGGCUGGACGAAUCCUGCUUGGGGAUGCUUGGGGCCCUUCCUGCGCCUGGGCAGGGCUUGGACGAGGUGGUCCCUCGGGCCCCUUCCAGUCCUGUGACUCUAAACUCCCGGGCGCCUCUCUGCUGGCCGCGUCCUUGAGUGGGCACAAGGAACUCCUCCGCUUGCGGCUGCGGCUGGGCCAGCCCAACGCCGAAGCGCCCGGUGCCCCGCCCAGGAACACAGCCGCGCCCCGUCCGGGCAGGGAUGAUGCUGUGCUGGCCCGACCCGAGUCCCGUCUGUCCAAGUCCCCUGAAAGGAGCGGCCUUGGAAGGGCG